GGCGCCCUCUGACCCCGCGCGGUGAGGGGCCGGGCCGCCAUCUUGUGGCGGCGGCUCGGGGCUCGGUGAGGCCGCGUCGCGCCCCCCCCCCCGCCCCCCGGGCCGAGCAGCCCCGCGCGGGGCCGGCCGCCGCCAUGUCGUCCUUCUCCGAGUCGGCGCUGGAGAAGAAGCUGUCGGAGCUGAGCAACUCGCAGCAGAGCGUGCAGACGCUGUCGCUGUGGCUCAUCCACCACCGCAAGCACGCCGGGCCCAUCGUCUCCGUCUGGCACCGGGAGCUCCGCAAAGCAAAAUCAAGUAGGAAACUCACUUUCCUAUAUCUAGCAAAUGAUGUCAUCCAGAACAGUAAGAGGAAGGGUCCCGAAUUUACUAGGGAAUUUGAAUCUGUUCUUGUGGAUGCUUUUUCUCAUGUUGCCAGAGAAGCAGAUGAGGGCUGCAAAAAGCCCUUGGAACGAUUGCUUAACAUUUGGCAAGAAAGGAGUGUGUAUGGCAGCGAGUUCAUACAACAACUGAAGCUUUCUAUGGAAGACUCCAAUAGCCCCCAAACGAAAGUUGCAGAGGAGAAGAAGUCUUUAAAGCGGACUUUUCAGCAAAUACAAGAGGAGGAAGAUGAUGAUUACCCUGGGAGCUAUUCACCCCAAGACCCUAGUGCUGGGCCACUGCUGACUGAGGAUUUGAUCAAAGCCCUACAAGACUUGGAAAAUGCAGCAUCAGGAGACGCAACAGUGCGGCAAAUUGCUUCCCUGCCUCAGGAAGUUCAAGACGUUUCAUUACUGGAGAAAAUUACAGACAAAGAGGCAGCCGAACGUCUUUCGAAGACUGUGGAUGAAGCAUGCCUGUUACUAGCGGAGUACAAUGGCCGGCUCGCAGCAGAGCUGGAGGACCGGCGCCAGCUGGCACGCAUGCUGAUCGAGUACACGCAGAAUCAGAAGGAUGUAUUGACAGAGAAGGAGAAGAAACUAGAAGAAUAUAAACAGAAGCUUGCUCGGGUAACCCAGGUCCGCAAGGAGCUGAAAUCCCACAUCCAGAGCCUUCCAGAUCUGUCACUGCUGCCCAAUGUCACAGGAGGUCUGGCACCUCUGCCAUCUGCUGGUGACCUGUUUUCAACAGACUAGAACAAAUGAUGUCCCCCAGUUUCCAUUAUUACCAGCAAAAGUAAGAAGACUGGUGUUGGCUUGAAAUCCAGUCUUCCAAGAUCUACCGUAGGAAGGAACUUGCAGACCCUGCUUUGAACCUCUUGGCUGCUCAUGCUCACGCUCUCUCUGUGUACACUGGCUCACACUGAGGGGAGGAUAAAGAGUGAGCUUUUGUGAGCUCUGAAGGGAGUGGGGACAGUCCAUAUAGGCAAACUUUUUUCAUAUUUUUUCCAUACUCCUUUAGUUUGUUUGCUCUUAGCACUUGUUACCCCCACAAAAGUCAUGAGAAUCAUGUACGUAUAUAUCUGGAAAGUUUUCAAGGAAAUGUUGACCAUAUAACAUUUUUCUCUGUAAAAGUAUUGUAUUAUUUCCGAAUGUCUUGUCUGUUUUAGUUGGGUUUCUGAACCUCAUAUCUGAAAGCAGUAGAGUGGCUAGUGGGCUUCAUAGGGGUGCGUGUGUGUGUGUGUAUGCAGGUACUGUACCACGUCAGUGAAAGAUGAAGGCAUCUACUGAACAAUAGCACAGAAAUAUUUUUCUUAAAUCUACAGUUCUUCAUACUGUUUUAGGCCUGACAUAAAAGGUAGUGCCUAUUUGGCAUGAACAUAAAUUGAAACUCACCACAGGCAAUAAAAAUAAACAGCUUUUCUUUGUGAAUUAGAGAGCUUCAUAAUUUACACUCUGCUGAGUGAUGCAGAACUGGAUAUUACCUAAACAAGAGUGGAAGUAAAUUUUGUUCUAGCUACCUUAGAUUUAUACCACAUUUUUCUUCUUCAUUAUACAAACGUAAGUGGUCGCAGAAGCUUUGGUUUACCUGAGAGGUUAGAAUGGUGGACUGCAACUGGUGAUAUUCCAGUGACAGGCACUGUCUGCUCUCUGUAGCUUUAGUGAUUUUAUUUGAUGAACAGAAGUUAAAUGUGUUAUAAAUAUUUAUAUAGAAAACAGACCCGUAUAUAUGCACAUACCCUGCAUGCACAUGUGCCGUGUCCAUGCAUGUAGAUAUUAGGAUGUACUUAAUUUUGUGUCACAGAUUAUUGUGAGUUGAUUUUAAUACUAGGGGGAAAAGAAAAUUUAAAAUACUCUUAAUUCCAUUAAUUUGCUAGCUAAUGUUUUAGCUGCCAUGGAUGUAGUUAAAUUUCGGUUCGUGUGUUAGGUCUAUCAAGCUGGAUUCUGAUCACUGAAAAGCAUUCCAAUUUGGAUUACAAUUCUGCUUAAAUUUAUCUGUCACUCUAAAACACCUUAAGCUUCUGGAAACACUUGAUCUGACAACACAGGCUCUGUAACACAGAGGCUGAAAUUAGUCAAAGUGAUGUGCUGUGUUUGUGCCUCCCUAUAGUCUUAAGCUGCUGUUCUCAAAGACAUGAGAGGAAACCUACAGAAAUGCAAAUCUUGUUCUGUGUUCGCAUUAAUUUAUUUUACAGGGUAUUCAGUCGCCUAUUCAGCAUUCAGUUAAAGCAAAUAAUACAUUUUUGAUCAUUUAAUUGUUAAAAAGCUCAUGUGCUUUUUCUUACCGACACUUCACUGUCCCUCUUUUCUUUCUUUUAAAAAAAGAAACUUCUUGCAUCCUUACUGCCCAGCCAAGAAACGUGCUUUUCUUUUAGUUUACAGGAAAUUUUCCAGUGGCAAAACUAUUUUUUCCAGGAAUUGGUUUGAUCAUAAAACCAUUUAUGGUCCAAACAAUAUUUAGAUAAAGCACUGUAUAUUCUUUUUGCUUUUGCCAAAAAACAACAACCCCCCCCCAAAUCAAACCCAAACAAAAAGAUUAAUUUCUAUCCUGUAUCAACUCAUGGAGUUACCCUGAGAUUGUUUUAACCAGUUAUUGUUUUGACUAUGGAUUGAAUGUGUCCAUUAUAAGACAGAAAAAAAAAAAGCUGUUAUAAAAAAAUGUAGACGUGUUGACAUCUCAUGCUGUUUUUUUGGGCAGAUCUCGUGUGAGAAAGUUGUAUGUCUUUUUUUUUCUUUUUUUAAUUGAAAUGUUUUGAUUUUUUUUCCAAAUAUAUGUGUGUGUUUUAUUUUACUUAAUUUAAAAGAAGUCUCAUGGUUUUUAAUUUUAUUUGUUUUACUUUUGGGGCAAAGGGCCUCUGGUGAAGUGGGUUAACAUUCUCUCAAGGUUAAAACAGAUUUCCCUGAGGUGCGUCCUUUUUUAACAAAAGUUUAAAUCUGUAUAUUAAUUGAUUUAGGAAUUUAGACAUAUAGGCUGCUAUUUGUGACAGCAGUAUAUUCUGAAAUGUCUCAUAGAUAUAUAUUUUUGAAUAAAGAGGGUGUCGUUGAA